AUGAGGCGUCGACGAGGCAUAGACGCCAUCUUCGAGCUGUGCUUGUUUUUUGCUCUGCCAUCUUGCUUUCAUGACCUUAUCCACGGUUGGGAUUUCCUAUCACGUCAUGAAGCUAUCAUCGAUACGACUAUCACUCAUACUAUUGACACCGGCUCACAUUCGCCUCUGCGACAGCGUCCUUACCGCGUUUCCACCGAAGAGCGCCGCGUCAUUACGGAGCAAGUAGACGACAUGCUUGGCUGUGUGUAUGGUCCGGGCAAGACAGUGUCUCUGUUUGGACCUGGUGCCUUGCUCGUCUAG